GAAAAACUUUCCCUCUGCCUCCCCCACGCCCCUGCUCGCGCUCUCUCUCCCUCUCUCUCUCUCUCAAAGAUUAAAAAAAAGAAAAUUGGAAGAAUCAUUGCGCACUUCCUCCUGGAUGCGUGCACGUGCGGAGAUCCAGAAACACUCGGAUAAAAGUGUCCUGCGCAGCCCAGCCCCGGAGACAGGAAGCCCGAUCUCCUUUCCGGCACCUGAGUUCGUUCAGAAGCCGCUCCGCUCCUCCACUUGGUCUCCUCCAGACUUGGGGUCGAGAUGCAGCCUCCUGCCACCACCAGGUUCACGCUGGGCCUCCCGGUCCUGCUGCUGGUGCGCUGGGUCACGGCGGCGGCGGCCGGAUCGGUCGUGGGCGCGACGAGCAGCGGGCGAGAGAUACAUGCUCUCUCUCUUUCCUACAACUUCAACAUCACAUCUCAGGCCAGGCCUGGACAACCAUGGUGUGAGAUUCAAGGCCUGGUCGAUGGAAACCAGUUUCUUUCUUACGACUGUCGGAGCAAGGAGGUCCAACCGGUUGGUCCUCUGGGGAUGAAGCUGAGGGACACGGCGUUUUGGGAGAGACAAAAGGAAAUUCUGGAAGACCUGGUGGAAGAGCUCAGAAAGAAACUGCUGGACAUCAGAACAGGGAUUUUCACUAAGAGCCAUCCUCUCACCCUGCAGGGCAGGCUGAUGUAUGAGUGUGGACCGGACAGACAGCCCAGAGGAUCCUGGCAGUUUGCCUUCAAUGAGCAGAUAACCCACCGCUUUGACCCGGAGAUCAGAAAGUGGACAGUGGUGCAUCCUGGAGGCCAACAGUUCCAGGGCACAUUGGACAAGGACGGAGAGCUGACCGGCUUCCUCAUGAGGAUCUCCAACGGAGACUGUAAGGGCUGGCUCCAGCAAGUAUUGGAGCACUGGGAUGAAAUGCUGGAGAAAACAGGAGCACCAGGCACAACCCCAGGUGUAGUCCGAGUCAAAGGCACAGCCAUCAGGCCGAUCACCUCCACCCUCCUCAUGCUCCUCAUGUGCUCAAUCCUCAUUGUUAUCCAAGGGGCUGAAGUUGCUACAAGAAGCCCCAGAGGAUGUGCUCUCAUUCACCCACUCUCCCCUCUGGUGGGUGGCCUUUCUUGCACCUGCUGUUCAUGUCAACCAUCGGGAGCUUCAAUCCCCGUGGCAAGGGCAGAAUCCUCCAAUCCUCCAGGAGACCAUGAUUAUGGUGGAGAUACAAUAUUUCACUGCCUUCAUUCUCGGUCAUGAUGAUCCUCCUCUGCACUUUUCCUUAACACUGAUGCUCUGGUGCUCACUGUUCGGACUCUUGCACUUUGCCUUGAACAAGAAUUCUGAACAAAGAGAAUAUUUCCCAAGUUCUCCUUUGGUAUUAGAAAUCAGACACUUGUGAACAUCAUGAGCUGUUCAUUGUUAAAAGAAUACUGUGUGAAAGUAAAAUCUCAGGGCUUAUUUCUCUCUUUUGAAACUCAGGUCUUUUAUUUUAUUUUUUUUAAGAUUUUAUUUAUUUGACAGAGAGAGACAGCGAGA